AUGCGCGCACAGAAGGGCAACCCGAUCAUCGAGCACAUCCGCACCGUCGGGUGGGAGCUCGGCGACAUCAAGUGCGACUACCAGGUCGGCAGAACGGCGGGCGUCCUCUUCCUCUCAAUCCGCUACCACCUCCUCCACCCCGAGUACAUCCACCAGCGCAUCGCCGACCUCGGGCAGAACUACACCCUGCGCAUCAUCCUCGUCCAGUGCGACGCCGACAACCACACGGCCGCCAUGAAGGAGCUCACCAAGAUCGCCCUCGUCAACGGCUACACCCUCAUGACGUGCUGGACGUCUCAAGAAGCCGGCCGGUACCUCGAGGCGUACAAACAGUUCGAGUCCAAGCCGCCCGACUUGAUCCGCGAGCGCACCGACGCGAGCUACUCGGCCCACAUGACGGCGGCGCUCACCGAGGUGCGCGGCGUCAACAAGACGGACGUGACGACGCUCAUGUCGAGUCUCGGGAGCUUCUCCAAGAUCGUGACCGCGCCUGCCUCGCAGCUCUCGACGCUGCCCGGCCUCGGCGACAAAAAGGUGCGCCGCCUGCGCGAGGCGUUCACGGCGCCGUUCGUGCUGCACCCGGCAGGGGCCAAGCGGCGCAAGACGGUCGGCGAGGCGGAGAAGAGGGGCGAGGGCGGCGAGCAGGAGCUCAACUGA